AUGCCGAAGAAUUGGCCGUUGGCGCCAUCCUCACCCUUCACUGUGCGAGGUGUGAAGGAAGGGAAAAGCGGUAAUAAGCGCAAAGACCCUUCAUCUUCAGCAUCAACCACAAGCACAACCUCAAACAAGAGCGUAUCCCGGCUUCAACUUGAAGACAUAUUCUCCACCCUGCCACCAACUCCAAAGCAGAAAGUAAAAUCAGAGCCGGAGGAAAAGGGGAAGGAUCGGCUGAAGAAAAAGCCCAAACUCACCCCGGAUCAAACUGGUGCUGUAAAGUCGAAAGGAAAGAGUGUUUCGGCUUUGGAACUUCUCACGGGCACCUCGACCCCUACGAAGUCUUCAUCUGCUGUACCGCCAAACAGAAACCUCACGAACAAGCCGACACCUCAUAUGGAAGUUGCCACAGCAAUUCCACGGACCGAUCUUGUGCAGAGCACAAAAUCCUCAAUCGAACUUUCUGCUCCAGCAUCACCAAACUCGGCCGCACUCGCUUCGGCAGGGAGCAGCAUCAAUCCCAACGUCUCACUCAAAACGAUGAGAACAACACUCCGAACCUUAAUCGCAUCCCUAUGCAAUCUCACUCAGGAGCUAUCUCUGAUCGAUAGAAUAUGGUACAAAAACAAAUCCCAAUUCAAGACUGCUUUUUGGUGGUCUUGCUUCAACUCGAGUCGAAGAUCGUUGCAUAAACUGUGUCUUGCUUCCUCUUGCAGCUAUGUUGGGUUGGCUAGGGAGUCGGUUGGUAAGGUUAGCUUGGUGUACGCAGGCAUUGGGGGCGGAAUUGAAACUUUUCAUACCCAACGGCAGAAGUUAGAAUCAAUUGAGCCCGAUCGUUACGCAACUCUACCAAAGUUCGAAAGAAAACCAACCUCCACCACACUUUCACAAUUCAUCUCGAGCACAGAAGGUCGAAAGUUGAUAGAGGAGACAAGAGAAAUGGUGCAGUUACUGGAACAAGUGUUGGUACAAGUAAAACAAAGAGCAGCGACGGCUGGAAGAGUGUUGGUUAAGCACAUGAAUACCCCCCCAGCCCCGACUUUUGCUCCUUUGGUGACGAGUUUGUUGGCUUUAAUGGGUAGUGUUCAUUCGAUCGCUGGGGAGUUGGUUGGUGCAGAGGGAGGAGAGGAGAUGGGAGAGGAAAAGGACGGGUCAGUGGGAGUGAUGAGGCGUUUGUUGGAGGAUUUGUUGUAA